GAACCCGCUGCCCCGGUACCCGCUGCCCCGGUACCGCACAGGGACUGGGAGGUCUCUACCCGGGACCCCGGGGGUCGGGGUCUCUCCUCCUCCGUCCCUGGGUCCGUUCUCGGCUGAGUCUCAGCGAUGUUUCCCGCAGAAACCUCAGCGCUUGGUGCCCCUGUGCUGCCGAGGCGCUGGCGGUGACGGCUCCGCUGAAUUCUGUGCUCGAUGUGCAGCACCGGCUCGGCUCCCAGCCCCGUUCGGAGCUUCUGGGGGUUCCUUGUCUGUUCCCACUGCUCAGACAUCGACACUGGGAACGCUUUCUCCUUGCAGGUGCUGAGGUGACUUUGCGAGAGCUCUGCGGCUCGCAGGAUGGCUGCAGGGGACUAUGAGGAGAUUCUCAAGUACUACGAACUGCACGAAACGAUUGGGACAGGUGGGUUUGCAAAGGUAAAACGUGCCCGGCAUCUUCUCACUGGUGAAAAAGUUGCAAUAAAAAUCAUGGACAAACUUGCUCUAGGGGAUGACUUGCCCCGUGUGAAAGUAGAAAUUGAUGCCAUGAAGCACUUGAGCCACCAGCAUAUUUGCCAGUUGUACCACGUGAUAGAGACAUCCAAGAAAAUAUUCAUGGUCUUGGAGUACUGCCCUGGGGGAGAGCUGUUUGACUACAUCAUUUCCAAGGACCACCUCUCAGAAGAGGAAGCUCGCGUCUUCUUUCGGCAGAUUGUCUCAGCAAUUGCUUAUGUUCACAGCUGUGGAUAUGCCCACAGGGAUCUCAAACCAGAAAAUCUGCUGAUUGAUGGGGAUCAUAAUUUGAAACUAAUAGACUUUGGACUUUGUGCAAAGCCAAAGGGUGGCCUUGAUUACCAUCUGAACACCUGCUGUGGAAGCCCAGCCUAUGCAGCACCAGAGCUGAUUCAGGGAAAAGCCUAUAUUGGCUCAGAGGCAGAUAUUUGGAGCAUGGGAGUGCUCCUGUAUGCUCUGCUGUGUGGCUUCCUCCCCUUUGAUGAUGACAAUGUCAUGGCUGUCUACAGGAAGAUAAUGAGAGGAAAAUACAGUGUUCCAAAGUGGCUGUCUCCUAGCAGUACACUGCUGCUUGACCAAAUGCUGCAGGUGGACCCAAAGAAGAGGAUCACAGUUAAGCACCUCUUGAGUCACCCUUGGCUCAUGCAAGGUUAUUCUGAUGCUGUUCAGUGGCAGAGUAAAUACUCACUGGGAAAUCUUGAUGAAGACUGUGUAGCAGAGCUUUCUGUGUUUCACAAACAGAGCAGGGAGAGUAUUUUGGAAUUAAUAUCAGAGUGGAAAUAUGACCAAAUGUCAGCAACCUAUCUCUUGCUUCACUCCAAGAAGGCUCGAGGCAAGCGAGUUCGUUUGAGGGCUCCCUGUCAGGCAGGGCCUGGCAGCACAGCACCAUCAGCAGGACUCAGGGUGGUUGUGGAAAGGUCUACACAACCCAACAAUCCAUGA